AUGCCAUAUCUUACCCAUUCCUUGACACGUUCUUCGGACCAAACACGUGAGCUCCUUGAUUUUUGUGAGCAUCACAGUUCGCCGAGACAAAAUGUAGAUUUCCAGGCCAUGGCCACCGCACUUGCCCAGAUAUUUCGAGCCUACAUCAAUCAAACAGAAAUUACAUGCAUAGUGAAAGGCCGCAUUCGGCGCCCUAAUGCUAUUGGAGAUUCUCUCAAUCUCCUUGGUAAGAAUGUCCGUUCAUAUCAGAUUCUUGUUUCAAACAAGGCCUAUAAAGUUCCAAGCAUCAAGAUCCUUGUCAAUGGGUCAGAUGAGAAGAACACCUAUUAUUCAUUCUCAAGUAAUGAUACGUUCCGCCUCACAGGCUUUCGUACUUCAACGAAAAGUCUUUCCCAAAAGCGUCUAAGAGAAAGGCGCGCUGCUGGCUUUCUACUAGACUGGAGUGUCUAUUAUAUGACUGCUCAGUUCCCGGCCACUGAGCCAUUGCAAAAGUAUAAUGAUAUUUUGUUCGAGGUUCUGUUGACGUCUUAUUGGCCUUCUGGUGAAGGACCCAACUUACCGAGUCACUUGUUUUGGAAGAACUUCAAGAAACGUCCAGAGAUUGAGCAGCCGGAUAGCCUUAUGCUUGCGUUACAAGAUGGCCUCACCAGAUUAUGUUUCACACCCAGUGGUAGACUGAUAAGUCUCAGGGAUGUUAAUAUUAUGAUACAAGGUCAUGACCCCGGUAUGGGCGCUUCAAGGAUCAAGAACCUCCUCAUGGAAGGAUUCGAAGAAAUCGUUAUCUACGCAUGCCAGCAAUGCUUCUUCCAGCCAGGCAAUACAACAGUCGAUGCGACAUUGUCGCAUAUAUGCCGUUCACUCAGGAUCGUAAUGCAGGAUGAAUACCUUCCCCUCGAGCACGUGGAUACCCGGAGAAUUCUUCACAGAGCGUGGUUGAGACUGCAGUUUAUGCUAGUAGUCAAAGACACGACAAACAGUGCGACUGAAGACUCAAUACCUCCUAUCAAAUGUCGCAGCCAAGCGUCAGAUAUUCAACCUCUUAUCAAAAGAAUUGCCAAUAGUAUCGUCUCCCACCCGAUGGCUACGAGCGUUCUUAUCUCGGUGUUGCUGCGAGUCCAUGAGACAGACAUCCCCCUAAUAUUGCUAAUCGCAUCAUAUGCCUAUUGUAAGAGCUUGCAAUCAGAGGCAUGGGGCACCGAGGAGACUCGGGUAGCGACCGCCAUAGGAUCGCAGGUAGAGGUGCUAUCGGACGAAAUAGAGCGCGCAGUGGCAUUUACCAACGAACUUUGUCAGCAAAUGCAAGAUGAUGGCCCCUACGAAUCUUGCGAUGCUUCUGAUACUAGGCCUCGAAAUGGCCAUAGCGAAGAUGUCUCAAACACCGCUUUGAAAGAAGCGGGACAAGAUUCAGCACCCCUGUUCCGCGAGCAAGAGAAGUUUCAAAAUUUCAAAGCUCCAGAGUUACUCUUAAGGUACACUGACAGAGAAUUGGAGAGAUUCAUUUUUUCAAUCGAGGCAUUAGAGGCUUUUGUUGAUGUUCUUCUAUUCUGGCUCCCAAGGCUAGGCCUGAACCAAGAGAUUGAAUUGAAACCGGACGUCUCGAAGCGUAAUAUUGACAGAGAUGAAGAGUUCGUCGCUUCCGAACACCUUUGUCUUGAGACGCCUCCCGGCUCCGGGUUGAAAGAUGCAAUACAGGUCCAAAUUGAAGCGCUGAAUGCUUCCACUCGGCUGCGAGAGGCAUGUAUCAGACUCGGAGCCUAUAUCUUGGGGUCCUGGAAUUCCGAUCGUCUAUGGAUCGAGAUUGCUCGUCUUUUUAAUGCCCCAGUAGCUAAUGGCUACAGGCGCGUUACUUGGCAAUCCGACUUUGACGAUUCUGAUCCUUCUGAUUUGGAUGAGCAUUUAUUAGAACUAGCAGAUUGUCAAGCGGCGUCGUUGAGUUCAAUGAUAUGCACAUCGGAGAAUCAGCUCAUUGGAACCUUCAGACUGUCGGAUAGAAUGAUGCUGAGCGCGCCUAGUAGCAAAUUCCAACAUUCUCCGGCAACAAAGACAAGUCUUGGGACUUCCAUCAUCAAGCAAUCUGCUGGUGGUACGAAUUCUGAUCAUUUGGGGAAUUGCAGCUCAAACGGCCCGAGGAAUCAACUGGCCAUUGAAAAUUCCACAACAGAAUCUUCGCAACUCAAUGUGAAGAGAUUUUUCGAGGUAUGCAUAAGUAUGGGUAACCAUGCGGUACGGUUAGAGGAGAUCGACUUAAGCUCCGUGCACUCAGAUGGGGCUCUCUUUAAACAUAUCUGGAACAGAUAUCGUCAGUCACGCGGAUUCUGUAUGCGAAGACUGUUUCUCAAGCCAAGAGAUGUCCAUUUUGUACAGUUUUGUUUAAAUCGCUCUUUGCAAGAUCUAGUCGGUAUUCAAAAAUCACCCAGUGAAUACCCACCAGAUGAGGAGGUUCAAUGGAAUCGCUACCACUAUGUGCGGCCAAAGCUCUUGAUGCCUGCUAAUUUAUUUCUUCAUUUUCUGCAUCUUGCGGGCAAGGAUUCUGAAAGGCUACAUUAUCGUCGGACAUGGAUUGAGAGACUACCAAAAAAGCUUGAAACGGCCAUCCUCGAAGUAGACACGACGGCUCGCAUCUUUCCAGGUCUAUCAGCGGAGGUUCAAGUGCAGAGGGCCGAGGAAGGCACGAGCGUACCAAACUGGGCACUUCAUACUAAUCAGCCCCAAAGCUUGGAUGACCCAGAGGAGACCGACAUUGUUACAGGCUGGGGAGUUCACAUUAUCGAAGGACCUAACCACUCGGGCCUGAGUUUCGUUUUGAUGUUUGGGGUGGUGAUUUCUUUCUUUGUGUCUGUUAUGCUGACCGGUCUUGCAAGAACAGAAGAACAGGGAUUCGGCGUUGGCUCUUUUCUAAUCGCUGUUUUGACAUGCGGUAUGACAGCGGUAUACUUUGCUUUGACAGACUGA